CGACAACUUGUCGGCCUGACUCACCGAUUGGCCAAUUCAUUGUAACCCAAAAACACAGCAUAUAUAGCAGCUGUUUUUACCGAGCAUGGCUUAUUAUAAUACUUAGCAGUAUACUACGCAGUCGUGGUCCGCUUCUUCCAUUGGGUAUUCAAGUCGAAUUAUACCCCCUAUCACAACUUACAACUUACAAAAUAGUAUAAAAUGGAAAGUGAUGCCGAGAGCGAAAGUAGUUUCGAGCUACUUGACGAUGGCUCUCGUGACGGCGGAGAUGGCGGUAUCACUCCGACCGGCCUCACCCGAGCACAAGCCUUGAAUCUAUAUGUCAGCCAUGCUUUCUCGACUUGGAACGCUCGCGGUUAUGAGUUCGCGGCAGUACGUCUCCCGGAAGAAGCGGUUUGAUGAACGAAUCAAGUUCAUACCGGCUCACCACGUCGAUAGAUCCUCUUCACGGCAGCCGCAUAUCCUGAUACCCUUGUGGCGGCUGCGUUACGGCAAGUCUCCCCGACUACCCUAUGUUAACUAAACAUAUUCUAAGCUUGUUGUUAACACGGGCUUGCAGCAUGAUCAUAGUAUACUUUGCCAUGAUCCUGUUCUCCAGCUCGGUCGGGCAAUGGGUCCAGAAGUCUCCCAGCAGGCUCCGCACGUUGCUCUCAACUAUCGUUUGUAAUCGCGGCUCAGUUAUUCUCGGCUCCUUUUUCUGGAUCUUGAUAUUGAGCCAGGAGGAUCUGGUAGGACGCCAAGCAACCUUUGUGUUACCUGAAAACGCUAUCCUCAAGGGUAUGGGCUUCGCCAUCGCGGUGACGUUCGGUAUUAUCGAGCGUUUAAGUGCGUUCGGCAAUCUCAUCUCGAUAGAGCGAGAUUGGGUCGUCACCGUUGCUGCUCCUGCUGGUAACCCCUAUGACCUUACUCACCUAAAUGCUGUUAUGAGGAGGAUUGAUCUCGUCUGCAAACUAAUCUCACCUAUAUUAAUUUCAACCGUCAUCUCAGUCCUCGGGUCGAUUCGGUUAGGAGUGGUAUUCACGGGACUUACUAGUCUUAUUAGCAUCCCAAUCGAAGUCUUCUCUGCGAAGCGAGUGUGGAAUAGCAGCCCCUUGCUACAAGCACCACGUGCAAUACCUACCUCGCAGCCGGGCACGGCAACUCAAGAAACGUCAAGAUCGUGGAUAUCAAGGACUCGGCAGUACUUUCACGGCUUCGAGAUGUACUUCAGCACCUCCGUCUGGGUCCCGUCUGUCGCAUUAGCACUUCUACAUUUUAACAUGCUGACCUGGAGAGCUACAUUCAUCACCUAUCUAAUCAAUAUAGGUUACUCGCUUAAUAUAAUUACACUUGCCAGGGCUAUUGGUUCCGUAUUCGAGAUAAGCAGCACGGUUAUUACUCCCCGAGGUAUCGAUUACAUGGGGAAGACGCAUCACCACGCUUCGACGUCGCCCAUGGACGAAGAUGACGAGUCAGGGGUUCGGUUGAUCGCUAGUGAUCAGGAGGGAAACCGGGAUAUCCAAACCAUGAUAGGAUUGCAGCGGUUUGGGCUCUGGGGUAUAAGUUGGCAAAUAAUAAAUACCGUACCGGUUGUUCUAGCUCUAUGGGCAAUAUCGGCACAGCAAGACGAGGCAGAAAACCUAUUUGCUAUUAUCCGGAGGGUUAUCAACGAAAAUGUUCCACCCAAUGCGGGUUGGAGCGUCGUCUUAUUCUCGUUCCUGGCGUUCUCGCGGCUCGGUGUAUGGGUCUUCGACCUUACUACCCAGCAAUUGACGCAGACACUUGUCCCGGGACACCAACGGUCAAGUUUUGCGGGCACGGAGAACUCGAUCAUAAAUAUAUUCGAGCUCCUCGGCGCCGGUGCGGCCAUAGCCUUUCCCCGUACGGAGCAGUAUAGGUGGCUGGCAUUGGCGAGCCUGGUGUCCGUGCUAAUCAGCUGGAUCAUGUAUGCCGGCUGGGUCCGUCGACAGAGAGGCCACUUGAUUCACUGGGAGAAACUAGCUCGGGGGUUCUGUGUCAAUGAACGGGGCUGGUGAAUGGUCGAGGGGUAGAUACGGGGGUGGUCGACGAGCGACGCCAGAGAUGCACGAUAGCGUACAUGUCGUUGGAUGCCAGCGCCGUAUAUUGUCAAGUACCUUCCCGCCGUAAGUCAGGUUAGGUCCCAACGACUAAACACCCCUCCUCUUACCAUAGGCCACGAUCCUUUUUUUUUAACCCAACCCACGCACCGUAGCCUAUUUCAUCUUCUUCAACUAUUCGCACUCGUUCGUAUUCAGCCCCGUAUUUUCUAAACUUGUGAAUAUCUUUCUUGGUCAUUGCUUGUGAGUUGUAUAGUUGCCGAAUCUAAAUUCUAAUUCCCUCUUCUACAAACUCGCAAACUUCUCAAUCACAGCCAUCCUCGCAGCUAUCUUCAUAUCCAUCCUACUAGGUUACAGAUUUUCUUCAACUUCCGUUAUUAGCACAUCAGCUCCGACAUAGAAUUAUCUUCGCUUAAUUUACACGCACAAAAGCUUCUCGCGCUCAUGUCUUUCGCACCGAGAACUCCCUCUCCUACAACAACAUCAAAAUCUCUAGUUUGGCUAUAUUGUAUGCGACAAUUGCAAAAGGAAAUCUCUAGAAGACUUCAGUUGUGCACAUUGCCUAGCAGAGAAGAACAUGAUCGAGAUUGAUACAUUCGAAAACGAAUAGGAGGAGACAGAUUGCAAC